GACCAGGAUGAGUUCCACCCGAGCUCCCGAAGGUUGCCGCUCCAACCUGGCGUCCAGGUACUACAUGCUCUGUGACUUGAACGCCUCCUGGGGCAUCGUCCUGGAAGCGCUGGCCGGUGCUGGAGCCGUGACCACAGUGGUCUUCAUGGUUGCCCUCCUGGCCCUCGUCGGCAAGGUGCAGGACUCCAACAGGCGCAAGAUGCUGCCCACGCAGUUCCUCUUCCUCUGCGGUGUGUUGGGGCUCUUCGGCUUGACCUUUGCCUUCAUCAUCAGACUGGACGGGGCCACGGGGCCCACGCGCUUCUUCCUCUUCGGUGUCCUCUUUGCUCUCUGUUUCUCCUGUCUCCUGGUACAUGCUUUCAACUUGACGCAGCUCGUGCGGGGCAGGAGUUCGCUCUCCAUGCUGGUGACUCUGGGCCUGGCGUUGGGCUUCAGCCUGGUGCAGGACGUCAUCGCCAUCGAGUAUGUGGUCCUCGCCAUGAACAGGACCAACGUGGAUGCCUUCUCUGAGCUCUCGGCGCCUCGCCGCAACGAAGACUUUGUCCUGCUGCUCAUCUACGUUCUUCUGUUGAUGGCACUCACCUUCGUUAUGGCUUCCUUCACCUUCUGUGGCCCCUUCACUGGCUGGAAGAUACACGGGUCCCAUGUCUACAUUGCCAUGCUCCUGUCCAUUGCCAUCUGGGUGGCUUGGAUCAGCCUGCUUUUGGUUCCCAGCCCGGGCCCCGAGUGGGACGACACCAUCCUGAGCACGGCCCUGGUGGCCAAUGGCUGGGCUUUCCUGUUUGCUUAUGUUGGGCCUGAGUUUCGGCUGCUCACAAAUCAGCGCGAACCCACGGAUUAUCCGCUCGAGGAUGCUUUUUGUAAACCGCAGCACAUGAAGCCGAAUCAAGGGAUGGAGAACAGGGCGUAUUUUGAAGAUGAUAUGUAUCAAGGCCGUGGAGAGAUAGGGGACACACUCCAUGCCCCUUACGCCACCCAUUUCCAGCUCCAGGAGCGGACCCCCCAGAAAGACUUCUCCAUUCCCCGGGCCCAGGCCCGGCCCAGCCCUUACAAAGGCUACGAAGGCAGGAAGGAGGGCAGCUAACAGGCUUCUCCAGUGUGAC